AACAGUUAAAUCUUGAUAAAUAUUUAUUUUAAAGGAAUAGGUUUGCAUGGUAAAAUCUACAAUAAUUGUACGAAUUACGGACGGUUUACCAUUAUGUGCAUCUGUUGAUGAUAAACAUUCUGAAGCAGAACUAUUAGAACAAAAACAACAAUGUAAAGUUAUAUUUCGGAAGUUAACUGUAAAUUCUGAAAUAAGAGCAUCAAUUGAGUCUGGACAGUAUUUUUUACAUUAUUUUAUUGAUAAUAACGUUUGUUACCUUUGUAUAUGUGAUAAAUCGUAUCCACGAAAGCUUGCUUUUUCUUACUUAGAUGAAAUAUCAAAGGAGUUUUGGAACGUUUAUGGCAAUGAUGUUAUAAAGUUAUCUUUAAGACCUUAUGCUUUUGUGCAGUUUGAUACGUUUAUACAAAGAACAACUCGUCUUUAUCUUGCUCCGCGUGCUUCUUCUAAUCUUGAUAAACUAAAUAAUGAGCUUCAGGAUGUUACACGUGCUAUGACAAAAAAUAUAGAAGAUCUAAUAUAUAGAGGCCAUAGUUUAGAUAGAAUGUCAAAUUUAUCUUCUGAUCUUCGUUCAGAAUCAAUUAAAUAUAAAAAGGCUGCUAAAAAUAUAAACUUUCAUGCAUUUUUACGUCAUUAUGGAACUAUAUUUACAAUUGUUUUUAUUGUUAUAUUAGUUAUUUGGUGGAGAUUUUUUUGAUGAUUAAUAUAUAAAAAAUAAAAAACUAAUGCAUGUUG